AUGGCUACAGAACAAUCCACAGCAAGUAGAAACUUUAGCGGGUACGUGAGAGGGGUGAUGCCCACUGUAGAUUCCACGCUACACGCAUUAAACCAUGGACAUCAACAUGGCGCAACUGGUGGUGACGUCAUUAUCGAUAUACCCGGAAAUACUGCGCAAGAUGAAAAUGAAAACACCGGAGGCGGGACUCAGAAUGGUGGUAUUGGCAAUGCAACAGCCAGUCUGGCAGAUUUACGAAUUGCCGGUACCUGGGUGGAAAAGAUUAUCCCGUUUGUAAUUGUUGUUUUAUUAAAAACAUUAGUCGACCAUAGGCUAGGUUUGAUUGUUUUAAUUGGCAUGUUUGGAACUUUCCUUCAUUUCAAUGGAAGCUUGAAGAGGCAGGUUGCUCUAAAGGAAAAAAGAAACUUUUUCACUUUGUUGGUAACCAUGACAUUCAUGCCACUAAAUAUGUUAUUUAUAUAUUACGUUUUCACUGAACAUCAACUCCAAAACUGUUUGAUAUUGAUGAAGCCAAACUUUGACCAGAUUGAUAUAUGGAAUCUAUUUUGGAUUGUGGGAAUUACUGAUUUCAUUAUCAAGUUUAUUACUAUAGCAGCAAAAUGCUUAGUAACACUUUUACCCAAAUCAUGGUUGGGCUACAAGGUCAGAGGAAAAUAUUACCUGUUUAUUGAACAGUGUUCCCAGUUUUACAGGUUAUUGCCCCCUGUUCCUGUUUGGUGUUCUUAUUUAAGCGAUGACACAUAUUCUCAUUGGAUACUGACAUAUUGUCUAGUAUUUAUUUACCUGAUAGCAAAGGCUCGUACAGUUUUUGACAGAACGCUGGAUGUGAGAAAAGCAUGGAAGAACUUAUUUUCAGAUGUGGUGGGUAGCAGUAUAUUAUUACACAAUGGUUGUAGUCUAGAUAAUCAGUAA